AACUGUGAUAUUCCUACUUGUCUUCAACUGAACAAAAUGGCUAUCCGGAUCACAAACCUCCAACCUGACCAGGUCCUUAAUCACCCUCUAGCUCUGAUUUGUGGUGAUGUCCAGGGAACAGACAACAUAGUGUCCAUCGCAGUGCAGAACAUCACGGACGAAAACUCUAAUUCAGCAGCCUGGCCUGUUGUGGGAAGACAUUUUCGAGCCCUGGUUCACCUCGCAUCUGGACGUAACGUUAUCAGGCUUUCCUGUUACAAGUUCACCCACGAUUUCUCGUUGUGCUACCUCUCCCUGAAUCAGCAACUGGAAAAGUAUGUACGGCUUGUGUACGUCGUCUGCAGUGACGACUUCGAAGAAGGUCGCAUUCAAGGCCCAGUGGACCAAGACUGCUCCGUCGAAAGUGCAUGCAACAGGAUUUCUCUGGGAGCUCAGAUACUGCAGACCACUGUUGCAGAAACCUUGGUGUCAGCAGGGUUUCCUAGGAAGACAUUUCGUCUGGAAGAAUCCGGCAAAGACCGUCCAAUUACUCGUGUCUUCAAAACGAGCCUUUCUUCGACGCAGCUUCAUACGAUGAGCGGAGAAGACGCUUGGCGCUUCUUAACGUACGAACUGACCACUUCGAGUUUAGCAGACACUUCCCGUGUCAAGUUUCUAGUAUUCCUCUCAUGCACGCGGUAUUCCGGGGGUGCGACUGAACCUACCACCCACAGCGAAAUUCUAAGUAGGACAAAAGGCCACGUUAUGAUUGGAGGAGGAGACGUUGCACUCUGUGGCACCGGAUGCCUCUAUACUUGGGCGGAAAACCUCGAUGAAUUGCCGAGAAGAAUGACUGAUCUCCGAAAGGUAGAUCGUCGCAGCUUUAUGGAUGACAGCAAUUACAGGGGGACUCGAUGGGCAUGCUAUUCAAGCAGCCUUGGAGGUGUUCUUCAUGAGUUGGGCCACGUACUGGACCUUGCACAUACCGAAAAAGGAAUUAUGGGUCAAGGGUUCCACGACUUGCAACAGCUCUGUAUUGCGUCCCACAAUGACAGUCUGCUUAAAGCUGGGGGAGAUGACAAUCCUGAAGAGAACCUUACCAUCUCAGCAUCAUGGACCUUGAAGCCAAAGGACUGCUGCGUUGCUCAGCUACAUAACAUCGUGUCAAUGUCUCUGGCGUCUCCAUCUGAGCAGAUAUCUGCUAGUGAUGGCAGCUCUGAAAAGAAGAAAUUGCGUUUAACUAAACUACGUCCGAAAUAUCGUUCGAUGUAUAUCGCACCGGAAAAAGAAAUAACUGCAAAGUCAUCAUGUGGGCUCUUCUGGUCAAAAUCUUGUGCAACGAUCCUCAGCUGCCACAAGUGGCUUAAUCCAGAUGUUCCUAGCGCUCUCCAAACUCCGCAGUUUGAUGGAAGGCAGUUCACUUCACGAUACGGCAUUCGUCUUAUCGAGUUCCGGCAGCCAGAAUCCAGCACUGUCAUCCACUUUUGGGACUUUCCCGAAGGUCGUGAGGAAGUUCCCUGCAGUGACUGCGACCUCCGGCCACUCCUAGUGUCGGACCAACGUGACACCAGCAAGGCAAAAGAAGGCAGCAGGAAGUUAGACCUUCUAGUCAUCGACACCUGUGGAAACAUUCUCAAGGGGCAACUGGCCGUUCAAAUUUCUGCGGAAAGCGCGGAGGUCCCAUAAACCACAACGGAAUCUGACAUCUUGCCGGCUUUUAGAUAGCAGUAUUUGCAACAGGAAUAACCAGUAAACGUUCCGAAACGAGAAAAUACCGAGCUGAAGGUAUUGCGGCCAUACAACCCCCCGCCAAGCAGGCAAUAACCGCGCACUAUGAGUCGUGCACACGUUUGCGCUCAAAAGUAUGCGUUGUAGACCACCCGUGUACGUGCUUCGUCGGUGCAGUCUCUGCACGAGUUCUAGUCGUUUCGCAGUUCCUCCUCCAAUAGCAGUAAGCUAUUUUCUUCUCAUUUACCGUUAUGGUUUGCGACCAAGUAAAUUCCGGUAUUAGCUUUAUGCAGCCAUUUAGAAGGAUAUAAUUGCUAGCGUGCAUCAAUGCGUCGGCGACAAAGCGACUGAUGAAAACACGUAUGCAAUAAAAGCACGUGCACAGCA